AUGACUGUAAAAAAGACAGCCCGGACCGGCGGCUUCGCAGCUAUAGUUGCAAGACAAAAAUUACACAGCACAAACCAACAGCUAGACAUCCUUUCUAUAUCUAAAACAUCCGCACAUCAAAACUACAAUAUCGUGGUCGGUUUUAACGAAAAAGAUCAACUCCAAUUACUAACAAAAGAAGACAUCAGCGAUGAAGACAAAAAGCUGAUCAAAGAUUACACAGAGCUAAAGACAACAAAAUGCGAAAACGUCUCAAUUGAUGAAAUAUCAAACUGUGUAAAUAUUGAGAACUAUCCUAAUUGUGAGAAUACUCUAGUCUUUCACAUAACCAAAAAUGUCAACAGGGAAGCGAUAGCAUUGAAAUUUGAAAACGAACAGGACUUCAAAAGGAUAUACUUUACAUACAAAUAUUUUAAGAUGCGGAACCGACUGACAAAAAACUCGAGCAAUUACUCGAGCAGCGAGAGUUUAUUUUCAAAAAAGAAAACAUACGACAUUUUCAACAAUAGAAAAAACAGUAUGGAUGACUAUAGUUUAUAUGAUAAAGGUCGGACUGAGUACGAUUUAAUGCAGACUGUUGACAAUGACGGUGUUACACAUAUAUCAGUGCAACAAAAGAAUUUAAACACACGAUUCGAUCAGCCAUUGAGUCUGAUUGGUAUAAGAAACGAUAUCAAUGAUAUUGGAGAAAUAGACAGUAUAAUAUAUACAGAUAUUGAAAUACCAAUUAAAUCUGACAGGAAGAGGUUAUUUCAUAAGAAAUCUAAAGCUCCAUUACCUCCAGCUUUAAAAGAUAAUCAGCCAAAAGUGUUGAAAGGAGAAUUUGUGCGCGUGAAUGUUGAUCGAGUGCCCGACAUAAUACCGAAGGAAAACAAACUGAACAAGGUACCGGAUAUUCUCAUGUUCAGAGAAAAUAACAAGAGUAAAAAGAACGCAACGGGUAAUGUCUGGCCAUGUAGUAAUAAAGUGACCGGCUACGAGUCAGAUUGCGAGGAGUGGAAGAGCAGCCGAUCCCAGUUCUCAACAACAGCGUUUGACAGCCUUGCAAGACCAACUAAAAUGGCAAUGGCUCUCACUCUUCGAAAACCCCAAAGAUUGGAACCUGUGCCCCAGUAUUAUAGGCUGUCGAGUGAACAAAAGCCAAAAUUGACACCGAUGCCAUUCCGCCCGAGUAACUUCAUCCAAAGACCACCUCGUCUACCAAGACCGAACACAGACAUGAAAAGAAACAUGCUGAAUACGGAUCAUCGGAAAUUUACUUCUUUACAGAGCUUGGAAAUGCCUAAGAAAUUAUGUGAACAGAAAAAACCAGUUGAUCCUAAGAAGAAUUAUUCAAAUAUUUCACACAGAAUAACCGGCUUAACAAACAAAUUAAGGGAUCUUGGUAAUCCUAGUAACACGAUUGGUAGAUUUAAAGCUCAGUCUCACGGAGACGUUGCAAAUUUAAAGCCAGUAUUAAAGACGGGUCAAGAUGGAGCAAAGAGGUCCGUUGUGAGGACCUGCAGCGCCGAACCACCAAAGAAAGUCACGUUCAGUGCAUUCGCCACAGUCCAGUGUUGUGAAAACCACCGAUACGAAGUCACCAUGUCCCUGGUAGCGCAAGCCUUCCAGUCCAGCAAGAUUGUGCCCGAUGUCAUCCCGACAGCGCCGACAGUCAACAUUCAGUUGAAGUACCCGAGCGGUGCGAUCGCGUCUCAGGGCAAUGAGCUGACUCCAACGCAGGUGAAGGAUCAGCCCAGCGUAUCCUUUGAGGCUGAUCCCAACUCCUAUUACACACUCAUCUUCACAGACCCUGACAACUAUGAUGGUCCCGAGCAAGUGUACCGCGAAUGGCACCACUGGCUAGUUGUAAACAUCCCUGGAGGCGACGUGUCCAAGGGUGAUGUGCUGUCUGGUUACAUCGGCUCAGGACCUCCCCAAGGCACCGGCAUCCAUAGAUAUGUGUACAUUGUAUACAAACAACCAGGGAAACUGAAUUUCAACGAAUCUGUAUUAGACAAUAAAUCCAUCAACGGUCGUGCCGCAUUCUCCACGAAGAAAUUCGCCGAGAAAUACAAUCUAGGAGCGCCUGUUGCAGGAAACUUCUACCGCGCACAGUUCGACGACUACGUGCCCCUCCUUUACAAGAGCUUGGGCGCUUAA